CGACUUCUUUACGUCGGGUAAACAAAAAAAGCAUUAUCAACAACAGAAAAAAUGACCGAAGCUCUGGAGGAUUGCCUAACUUGCCGGAGAAAAACGGACAAUUUUCUCCGGAUAACGGACGAGUCCCAGUCCGCCACUGCCGCCGAGGACAUCGGAAACGUUAUCGCCAAUCAUUUCUGGUUUCAGGCCAACCAGUAUGAGAAUCGAGUCUUGUGCACCAGCUGCUGGGAGAAGAUCGAUGACUUCCACAAAUUUUACUGCGAAGUGAAACAGAUUUGGGACCAGGACGGGUCGUUUAGUAACACGGCUGUUAAGAAGGAAAUCCCGUUCGAAGAGGAUGGAUUUCAAACGGAUCUGUUCGCUGCAAGUGAGUUGGUCAAGAUAGAGAUAACUCCGGCUAACGAGGGAUUGGAUAGUCUGAAAAAGGGCGAGGAUGAUUCCACAUUCGAAGAGGAUAUUCCGGACGAGUCGGAUACUGCUAAUGAUUCAGACGAUUCGGAUGAAGAAUCAUCCGUACCCAUAGCGAAAAGAUUUCGUCGUGGCAAAGGCGAAACAACUUCGUUGAAGGUUGAGAAGCCGACACGUAAAAAGCGGUCACGAAGCUCAAAUGUGCAAUCCUUAAAGCUGAGCAAAGAUGCGUCGCCAUUUCAAUGCGACCUUUGUGACCCGCCUAGAGCAUUCCGAAAGGAAGAGGGUUUACAGAUGCAUCAAGUAAUUUGCCAUUCGGACGAGACGGAGAAGACGUUCCAAUGCGAUCAAUGUGAGAAGGCAUUUGCUAGCGAGUGGCAACUUUCCGGACACAAACGUUGGCAUGAAACGAUGAGUCUGAAUAUUCGCUGCGUUAUGUGCAACAAAUAUUUCGAUUCAGGACGUUCGUUGAAGUACCACAUCCAGGCGAAUCAUAGUGAAAGCAAGACGGCCGUCUCGUCACUUAUCGAAACUAUUGCGGAUCAGCCACCAUCUAUCUUGACGGAAAUGGCUGAAAAUUCUACGCAAAUGCCUAAAACUGGAUCGUACGAGAGAAGGCUGUUAACUCCAGAGGAACAUGCCCAACACGAUGAGCUCAUUAGGAAGUUUUGCACUCUGGUAUGUGACAGAUGUGGAUUUGCGGGCGAAAACUUCUAUGAUCUGGAAAAGCAUUGCAAAAACGUUCACAGCGUGCGCGGAUAUGCCGGCUGCUGCGGACGAAGGUUCUACAAAAAGAGACAGUUGUUCGAACAUUGCCAGUGGCACAUCGAUCCGGAUACGUUCCACUGUGAGCCGUGCAAAAAAUCCUUCCCCGAUAGUGAGGCUUUGGAGAAACACAAUCAGUGGAUUCACAUGCCGGACUCGGAAAAACCGUUCAAAUGCGAGAUCUGCGAUGCUGUCUUUUACAAAGAGUAUUUGCUGAAGAACCACAUGAAGUACCACCUUUCCAUAGAAAAGAAAAUCUACUUCUGCAAGGAUUGCGAUAGAUCGUUCGGAGCACCAUCCUACUUGCGAACGCAUCUGCAGGCCAUGCAUGGCGCAGCAUCCAGCUGGGUGUGUGACAUCUGUGCCAAAGGAUUCUCCCACAAAUCGCUUCUGGAGACGCACCGGCUUACGCACACCAAGGAAGGGGCGGCCAGUUUGAAGCGCCAGUGCGAACACUGUCAGAAAUGGCUCAAGAACGCCAAAUCCAUCAGUCGCCAUGUGAAGCGGUGCUUGGCUGGUGGUCCGGUAACGUGCGAACUGUGCGGCAAGGAAGUGGCCAACAAGAUAGCCCUGGCCAGUCACAAACGGCUGAAUCACACGGAGCAACCGGUGUACCCUUGCAGCUUUUGUGGGAAGAUAUUCAAACGUAUCAUUCGGCACAGGGAACACGAGGCCAACCACCGGGGAGAGGUGCUGUAUUCGUGUCCUUUCUGUCCUUACACCUGCAACUCCAAUUCCAACAUGUACACGCACAAGAAAACGGCUCACACCGAACAAUGGACGGCGAAGAUUGCCGAAAGGUUCUACAAACGAUAGUUUUGGAUAAGUUGGUUUGGUGUGUUAACAAGGUAAGAAUAUCUAUAAGUUUGUUUCAAAUCGA